AUGUCAACAAACUCUAGAUUAGGAAAUUUAAUUCGUUUAACUAGUAAUUUAGAUGAUCAAGAACAACAAAAUUCACUUCCUACUAAAAAUCCUUAUAUACUUUCAAUUGAUAUUGGUACAUCAUCGGUACGUGCUUAUAUAUUCUCUAAAACUUUCGAAGUUAUUUCAUCAAGUCAAAAACAUCAAACACUUCUUCAUCCUGAACCACAUGGUUUUGAAUUUGAUCCCGAAAAAUUUUGGUCUAUUAUACUUGAUGUUAUCAAAGAAUCAAUUGAAGGUGCUAGUCCAUUAACUGUUACAGAUAUAACUUGUUUAGGUAUAUCAACAUUAAGAAAUUCUGUUAUAUUAUGGGAUCGUAAAACAGGUGAAACAUAUUCAAAUAUUAUUUUAUGGAAUGAUUCAAGAUCAAGUUCACAUGCAACAUCAACAAAUUCUUCUUUAACAUGGAAAACAAUACGUGGUUUUGCUAAAGUUAUCUAUCCUAUUGUUCAAACAGCACGUAUGUCAACAUUAUCUACGCUUGAAUUUCGUACACAAAUGAUUGCUUUUAAAUUAUUAUGGUUAUUUGAAAAAAAACCGGAAUUAGUUGAACGUGCACGUAAAAAUGAAUUAUUAUUUGGUUGUAUUGAAACAUGGCUUAUAUGGAAAUUAACGGGUGGACAAGAACAUGUUACAGAUGUUUCAUGUGCAAGUUCAACUGGCCUUUAUGAUCCAUUUUAUUCUCAAUGGUCAUCAUUACUUUGUCGAAAUUUAGGUAUUGAUAUAAGAUUAUUACCAACAAUAAAACCAACAUUUGGAGAAUUUGGUCGAUGUGAUGCAAGUUUAUUUGGAGCUGCAAUUCCUAUUACUGCUGUCAUUGGUGAUGUUCAAGCUAGUAUGUUUGGUCAAUGUGUAUCUCAACCCGGCGAAUGUUUACUCACAUUGGGUACCGGUGCUUUUAUUAAUAUCUUAACAGGUCCAGUUAGUGCUUGUACUGAUGGUAUUUAUCCAUUAGUUGCUCAUUCGGAUCUUUCAAAACCAUCAGAAAAUAUUCAUUUUAUGCAUGCUUUUCAUAGUGGUUGUGCUACAGUACUUAAUUGGGCAAAAAAAGCUCAUUUUUUCGAUGAUUUUUCUGAACUUAAUAACAUAUCAACUGAGGCACGAUUAUCAACUGUAUUUUUUCUACCAGCAUUCGGUGGUCAUAAUAAUGAUCCAUAUUGUGGUUCCGGUUUUAUUGGUAUUAAUAGUGAAACGAAACGUGAAGAUUUACUUCGUGCUAUACUAGAAUCAAUUGCUUUUGUUGUUUAUGAUGUAUUUUCAUUUGUACGUGAUGAUUUUAAACGACAUCAAACUGACAAUGAAUUAAAAUGUUUACGAACAGCUGGUGGUGUUUCAUCAUGUGAUUUUAUUUGUCAAACUAUUGCAAAUUUAUCCGACAUGUCUGUUGAACGUUGUCAUGCAUUUAAUUUAGCAUCAGGUAUUGGUGCUGGAUUUUUAGCUGCAUAUGGUUAUGGUAUUAUAGAUGAUUAUGCGUAUUUUCAACAAAUUAUUACAGUUGAUAAAGUAUUUAAACCAAUUCAAUGUGACAUAACAGAAAGUAAUUUUAAACGAUGGAAAACAAUUGUGCCUCGUUUUACAAAAUGGUAUUCUUCCGAUGAAAAAAAUGAUAUUUGA